GAGAAAUAAAGGAAGAGAGUGAGAGGUAGAGAGGAACCCACCUCAUUUUCUUUUCCCUUUUUUCUCAAUUUUUAUUUUUGUAGCUCUCUUUCUAGGAAACAAUAUAGAGAAAAGUGUGUGCUUGUGUUUCCUCUAGAGAGAUAAAAGAAAGAAAAAAAAAAAGAAAAGAAAAGAGCUCUUAAAGAGAAGAAGAAGUGAAGAAGAUGAUGAUGAUUAUGAUUAUGAGAUAGAAAAAAAAGUGUGAGAGAGGGAAAUAGGCAAAAGCCAAACACAAGUAAACACAUUACUCAUAGAUAAUAAUACUCAACACAAAGAGAAAAGCUUUAGAAAAGAAAAAGAGAAAAAAAAUAGAGAGAGAGAGAGAGAGAGAGUGUGUGUGUGUGUGUGUGUGUUGUUAAAAGGGUCGUUAUUGCAUUAUGUUUGGCUUUGUUUUCUCUUCUUCUUUCUUUCUUUCUUUCUUCUUCUUCUUCUGCUUCUGCUGCUGCUGCUGCUCUAACUACUGCUGCUUUUGUCUGUCUGCAAAAUUAUACUGAUAGCCUGCUGCAGUUACUAAAUCCUUAUCCUUCAGAGGAAAACUAAACUAAGUCAUCUCUCUCCUUCUCAAAAAACCCAACUUUAUUAUUCUUAUUCUUAUUAUUAUUAUUUUUAUCAGAAAAGCCAAACUGACAGUUGGUGUAGUAAGAAGAAGAUUUAUAUUUGUUUUUCUUUCUUUUUUUUUUUUUUUUUGGUUAACAGAAAGAAACUCAACAUCUUCUUCUCUUAACCAAAAGCCAGCAAAACCUACCAACAAUGGCAGCAUCACAGUCCUACUUAGAGCAAUAAAAUAGAUAUUAAAACAAAAACAAAAUUAAGCCCACCCCCAACAAACAAGAUCUCUCUCUCUCUCUUCUGAUACAAUUUCAGAGCUUUUUGACCCCACCUUCUCUUACACAACUCCUACAUACAUACAUCCAUAGAUAUAUCCUUUCUUUCUCUUAAGAACUUUCUAUCUCUCUCUCUCUCUUCUAUAAUUGUCAUAAAGAGAAAAAAUAAAAUAAAAUAAAAUAAAACCCAUUUAGUAUUACUGUUAUGUGUAUAUAAAGAUUGUGUCUUUUUUAUUGUUGUUUCUUGAAAUCGAUCAAAGAAAACGAAUUUAAUUCAGUUGUGGCUACUACAAGGAGUAGGCAGCUCUUAUCCGACUCAGGAGCCUUUGCAGACUGGGCUACCUCCUCUUCUUCUUCAGCCAUCCGAGCCGCAGGCCCGGACGACCUCUCCCUCGGCUUUAAUGCCGGACCCACCGCCGCCGCCGCUGCUGCUGCAGCUGGAGGCGGACCCACUUGGCCUAACCCCGCAAGAACCAUCAACUAUGGUAUCCCUCCUGAAAUGGGAAUGUUUGUUGUUGCUCCUGCUGCUUCCUUUAAUCAUCACCACCAUCAUCAUCAACAUGAAUCUUCUAUUAAUCUUGCUAAUGAUCCAAUCAAUGGCUCAAAUGCUGCCACUGCCCUUGGUGUCGGUGUUGGUGUAGGUGUUAUUCCACUUCUCACAGCGGCUCCAUGCCACAUGGAUGAUCAAGAUUUGUUGAAUAAUGGCCGCAGUAAUAAGAUUAGUGGGAUCCAGUUUUGGCAAAACCAGAACCAAUAUAAUAAUAUAAAGAAAACCACUGGUUCCAUUCUUGAUCAUAACACUUGCUCAGCUAAUCUGCUUCAAAGUGGUAACAAUACUAGUGGUGGUGGUGUUGUUGGUGCUAAUUCAGCUUCAUCUGGUACAUCAUGCCAAGAUUGUGGUAACCAAGCCAAGAAAGAUUGUACCCAUAGAAGGUGCAGGACCUGUUGUAAAAGUCGUGGUUAUGACUGUGCUACUCACGUGAAGAGCACAUGGGUACCGGCAGCAAGGAGGAGAGAGCGUCAGUUAAUGGUAUCUACAGCUAUUGGUGGUGGUACUGGCUCAUCUGUGUCUACUUCUGGUGUCAAGAAACCUAGACUUUUAAACUCACAAACUACCACUACUUCUCAUACUUCUACUUCUAAUACUACUCCUCCAAGAAGCUUUGAUACUAGCUCCAGUCAUCAAGAUGUGAGUUUUAAGGAGGCAUUGCCAGGGCAAGUACGUGCACCGGCUGUAUUCAAGUGUGUUAGAGUGACAGCAAUGGAUGAUGGUGAAGAUGAGUAUGCAUACCAAGCUGUGGUAAAGAUUGGCGGCCAUGUUUUUAAAGGGUUUUUAUAUGAUCAAGGAGUUGAAACAAGAGAUGGUUUCCCUAACAUAUCAGAAUUGCAUUUGGGUGGUGCUAGCAGUGGUGGAGAUGGUGGUGGAAGGAAUGGUGCCUCAUCUUCACCGAUUAUUGAUCCAUCGGAUGUUUAUGGUGCUGCAUCUGGUGGAGGGUUGCUUGGAGGUUCAGCCUAUGGUAAUCCAAUGAACUGAGGUUUACUUUUCAAGGUUUAUGGACAUUUCUAGUCUAAUGUUCCUUAUGUUGGCUAAUUAUUAUCAAUAGGAUAUUGGUAAGUUACUCUUCUAGAUUUGUAUCUUGUUAACUUAUGUCUUUGAAAUUUUCAGCUUCUUGGUUGUGGUUUUCUUGUUCCUUAUAUCUAUUUUACUUGUGUAAUUGCACUCAGAGGAUCAUCACAUGCCAAAGGAGCUGCAUUUUCACUAUUAGAGUAUCUCCCUGUAUCAAAAUUUUAGAGAAAAGAUAGAUAAUAAAAGCUGAAAAAAUCCUUGUUGGAUCUUCUAGACA